AUGUGGAGUGGAACUGGUCAACAGAGUGUCAAGAAGCAUUCCAGAAGGUCAAGGAAAAGAUCACAAACUCCUUUGCUCGCAUACUUUGAUUCGAACAAGGAGCUACUAUUGCAAGUAGACAGCAGUAAAGACGGACUCGGAGCAGCACUGAUGCAAGAUGGCAAACCAAUUGAAUACGCCUCAAGAGCACUGACUCCUGCUGAACGGAAUUGGGCACAAAUUGAAAAAGAAACCCUAGCUGUGGUGUUCGGUCUUGAACGAUUUGACCAAUAUACGUAUGGAAGAAAAGUCAUAGUACAGAAUGACCACAAGCCUCUGACCUCAAUCCUGAAGAAACCUCUGAGCCAGACCCCAAAACGACUACAAGCACUGAUGCUACGAGUUCAUCGCUAUGACAUUGAAUUUCACUACAUUCAAGGAAGUCAACUUGUUAUUGCCGACACCCUCAGCCGAGCUUUUCUUGAUGUUCCUGACGCACAGGUGAGAGUCAUGAAAGUAAACGCUCUGAAAGGAGUGCCAGAUGAGCGAAUCCGGGAGGUACAAGCAGCUACCGCACAGGACCAAUGUAUGCAGUCCCUGUUGAGCACUAUAAAAGAUGGUUGGCCAGAAAGCAAGAAGGACGUACAAAAUGAUCUGAGGCCAUAUUUUGAUGUGCGAGACACAUUGAGCCAUCAAAAUGUAAUUAUCCUAAAGGGAGAAAGAAUAGUUAUCCCAGCAUCGCUACGCGACACCACAAAGAAACGAUUGCACUCUGCACAUUUGGGGUACGAUAGUAUGAUGACACGAGCUCGAGACACCAUAUUUUGGCCCGGAAUGGCAAAAGAAGUACGACAGCUAGCAGAUAACUGUGAGGCUUGCCAGCAAUACAAACCACAAAACCAGAAAGAGCCAUUAAAACAGUAUGAGGAAGGACAAGUACCUUGGAAUAAGGUUGGAAUUGACCUUUUCGAGAUCAAAGGAAGAGAUUAUCUAGCCACGGUUGACUAUUUCUCGGGUUUCAUAGAAGUUGACCACCUAAGCACUGCCACAAGUAAACAGAUAAUCACCAAACUCAAAGGACAUUUUGCAAGAUAUGGCAUACCAAGUGAAAUGGUAACUGAUUGUGGUUCACAAUUUAUUUCCUCCGAUUUCAAGACCUUCACCAAACACUGGGGAAUUAAGCAUGUAACAUCGUCACCCCUCCAUCACCAAUCGAAUGAAAAAGCGGAAGCUGCGGUUAAAACUAUAAAGCUAAUGAUGAAGAAGUCGCUGCGGGACAACACUGAUCAAUAUGAGGCUUUACUUGAACUGAGAAACACGCCACGCCAGGGUACUGGACAAAGUCCAGCUAAAAUGAUGUUUGGUCGAGCAACACAAUCAUUCCUACCAGCCAUAUCGAACACAAAAUCAGAACGGGCGAGAAAUGCAACACAGAAGAGAGCCAUGCAGACACCGCCUUCCAGGGGCGGCGGAACAGAUUUCGUGUGUACCACUUUAGGG